AUGGGGAGGAAGUGGGGGUGUUUGGGAUUGGGAUUGUUCUGGCUCGGGGGUCCGCCUGUCAGCUACGAGCCCAGCCCGGCUUUCCUCUGCAAUUUCCUGACGUUUACUCUCCGGCGGUCUUCUGCGUUGCACAAAAGGAUGCCGAUUCCCAAGGCCAGGUGGGAAGAGGAUAAACGGGACGACGGUAUAAAGUGGCAACAAUUGGAGCACAACGGCCCGUACUUUGCUGCGCCUUAUGAGCGGCUGCCACGUGACAUCUGCUUCUAUUACAACGGGAAGCCUAUGAAGCUCAGCCUGGCCACGGAGGAAAUAGCCACGUUCUAUGCCAAGAUGCUCGAUCAUGAAUACACAAGGAAGAAGAUCUUCCAGAAGAACUUCUUCAAUGACUGGACGAAGGAGAUGACCUCGGAAGAGAGGAAGAAGAUCAGAGAGCUGGGGAAGUGCAGUUUCAAAGAGAUCCAUAAGUAUUUUGUGGAGAAGCAAGAGGCCCAGAAAGCGCUGCCUAAGGAGGAGAAAAAGAGAUUGAAAGAGGAGGCUGAGAAAAUCCAAGAGAAAUAUGGCUACUGCAUAAUCGAUGGCCACCGAGAGAAGAUUGGCAAUUUCAAAACAGAACCCCCAGGUCUAUUCCGGGGUCGUGGGGACCACCCUAAAAUGGGGAUGCUGAAGAAGAGGAUAAUGCCCGAAGACAUUAUCAUAAACUGUAGCAAAGGCUCGAAGACCCCAAGGCCACCUCCAGGGCACAAGUGGAAAGAAGUUCGGUGUGACAAUACGGUCACUUGGCUGGCGUCCUGGACAGAAAACAUCCAGGGGUCCAUCAAAUACGUGAUGCUGAACCCCAGCUCCAAGCUGAAGGGGGAGAAGGACUGGCAGAAAUACGAAGUAGCUCGCCGCUUGAAGAAGGUGGUGAGCAAGAUCCGAUCUCAGUAUCGUGCAGACUGGAAGUCCAAAGAGAUGAAGAAACGGCAGGGGUCCGUGGCACUUUACUUCAUUGAUAAGUUGGCCCUGAGAGCUGGGAAUGAAAAGGAGGAGGGGGAGACAGCGGACACAGUGGGAUGCUGCUCCCUGCGUGUCGAGCACAUCACGCUCCACCCUCGGCUGGAUGGGAAAGAGAACGUUGUGGAGUUUGACUUCCUGGGCAAGGAUUGCAUCCGCUAUUAUAACAAAGUGCCCGUGGAGAAGCAGGUGUACAAGAACUUGAAAUUAUUCAUGGAGAACAAAGAUCCUGGAGAAGAUUUGUUCGAUAGGCUGUCUACAGCGUCGCUGAAUAAGCAUCUCCAGGACCUGAUGGACGGCUUGACAGCCAAGGUCUUUAGGACAUACAAUGCAUCCAUCACGCUGCAAGAACAGCUGGACAUGCUAACCAACGAUGACGACAACGUGGCUGCGAAGCUCCUCUCUUACAACCGAGCCAACCGGGCCGUCGCCAUCUUGUGCAACCAUCAGCGGGCAACACCCAAGACCUUUGAGAAGUCUAUGCAGAACCUCCAGGCUAAGAUCGAUGCCAAAAAGGACCAGCUGACUGAUGCCAAAGCAGAGCUGAAGAGGGCAAAGGCCUGUCACAAAGCCAAAAAGGAUGCGAAAUCUAAAGCUGCCGUGGAAAAGAAGAAGAAACUGGUAGAAAGGAUUGAAGAGCAGCUGGACAAGCUAAACAUGCAAGCCACUGACAAGGAAGAAAACAAACAGAUUGCCCUGGGCACCUCCAAGCUGAAUUAUUUGGACCCCCGCAUCAGCGUGGCCUGGUGUAAAAGAUUUGAUGUGCCCAUUGAGAAGAUUUACAACAAGACCCAGCGGGAGAAGUUUGCUUGGGCGAUUGCGAUGGCUGACGAAGAUUUUGAAUUCUAAGGCGUCACUUUUGGGUUG